AGAUUUGGGCUGCAAAGCGGAGCUGUUCUUAGAAGGUCUGGGUUUGAAUCCAGGAUGUUUCUGCAUGGAGUUGUACCUCGCCUCCCAUCUAACUCCUGGAGAAAGGAACCAGCCUUUUUGAGAUGCUGCACUAAGAAUGGAUGGAUGGAAAACUUUUUUUUUUCUAUUAACAAAAACUGGAUGUGCCACUAUUUAUUAGAGAAAAACUUUCUGUAUGAAAUGAUGAAGGAAUGAAUGGGUGUUCCCAACUUGGCUUUCUCUGAAUGUUUCUGGUCCUGCCUACUGUGCAUUUAUAUGAAUACUUUGUGAUUUUUUUUUUUUUGAAGGAGGUUUAGAUGAAGUUGCAAUUGUCAGGGGAAAUGUUGCCCUAAAAACUGACAGUGUCAUUUGCAUCAGCCAGUACAGUGCGUCAGCAGUGGGUUGCCAGAUCUAUACCAUUUCUGAACAGCCGUUCCUAGAUUGUUCUUUUGGGGCUCCUCCCAUCACAUGACGUGAUGCAGCAUUAUGGCGCUGCAGGCUUCUCGGAGCCACCAUUUUGGAGAGAAAGAGUUCCAUUACUGUCUUCUGCUUCCUGUUGUCUGUGUGAUUUGUUCCUUGCUGGUUAAAGAGUGAAGAACAAAUGGUCAUUUUCUGCUCAUACUGCAUGUAUUUCUUCAUGUUUACUGUAUUUCCAUCUCAUUUUCUUUGUCAUCCCUGCUGCAUUUCCAUCUCAUUUCCCAUCAUCCUCAGCACACUCUCCGUACUCUAGUCACCAAAUCUUCCACCUGAAGCACCUAAAGUACUCAGCCUCUCCCCCUUUGCUCUCACAUUCUUCAUCCUCCUCCUCCUCUUCCUUUUCCUCCUGCUGGUAUUCUCCAAGCAUUUGGCCUAGUGGUGAAGAGUGCAGCCAGUUCAUCCUAUGGUCACUGAUGGCUGCCUACCUGCUCCUUUUCAUCACAUCUGUCCUCCUGGUCCUUUUCUCUGACCAUUUCACUGCAUCCCACUGCGGUCCCCAGUACGCCCCCACACAGGGCACUGACACCCAGCACAGAGCACCACUGGCUGACCAAGAUCCCACCGACUCCCACUCCCGUAAGCAGGAGAUCAUCAAAGUGACAGAGCAGCUGAUUGAGGCCAUCAACAACGGAGACUUUGAGGCCUACACGAAGAUUUGUGACCCUGGUCUCACAUCAUUUGAACCUGAGGCUUUGGGAAACCUGGUCGAAGGCACAGAGUUCCACCGCUUCUAUUUUGAAAAUGCUCUGUCUAAGGGGAAACUGCCCAUCCACACCAUCCUGCUGAACCCUCACGUCCACCUGAUCGGGGACGAGGCGGCCUGCAUUGCCUACAUCCGCCUCACACAGUACAUCGACGGCAACGGCAUGCCGCGUACCAUGCAGUCCGAGGAGACCCGCAUCUGGCACCGCCGUGAUAGCAAGUGGCAGAACAUCCACUUCCACCGCUCCGGCUCACUCACCGUCCCCACCAAUUGAGUUCUUGGACCACAAACGGCCUCCAGCAAGACAGCUGACCAAACCCCACCCACCAUGUGGACACAACAUCCCAAAGCCAAUCCUUGCUAUCCUUUGCUAAUGCUCCCCCCUCAGUGUGUUGUUUACAUAUUGUAGCUGCUGCUGCACUCAUGUUAAAAAGUCAACAGAAAUUAAUCAAGGGAUUUAUGAUUUUGUAGUGAGAAUGUGUGCCAUUUCUAUCAGUAGUGUGUUUAUUACCUGAGCUUCGGUUUCACCACUUUUAGAU